CCUCAGUCAGCUUUAAAUUCUCUGAAACAUGAUUCAAGACGUAAGAAAACCUUCAGCUGCUCUGAGUGUGGGAGAAGAUUUGGCCGCAUGACAGAUCUGAAGAGUCACAUGAUAACUCACACAGGAGAGAAACCUUUCAAGUGCUCAGUGUGUAAGAAAUCUUUUAAACAGAGAUGUGAUUUACAGAAACACGAGAGAAUCCACACAGGAGAAAAACCUUACAGCUGCUCAGUCUGUAAGAAAGCUUUUACACAGAAUGGUGAUUUACAGAAACACGAGAGAAUCCAUACUGGAGAAAAACCUUACAGCUGCUCAGUCUGUAAGAAGGCUUUUAAACAGAGAGGAGAUUUACAGAAACACGUGAGAAUCCACACAGGAGAGAAGCCUUUUAGCUGCUCAGUUUGUAAUAAAUGUUUUACACAGAGUGAAAAUUUACGCUCACACAUGAGAACUCACACAGGAGAAAAACCUUUCAGCUGCUCAGUCUGUAAGAAAUCUUUUACACACAGUGGAGAUUUACACAGACACAUGAGAAUCCACACAGGAGAAAAACCUUUCAGCUGCUCUAAGUGUAACAAAUCUUUUACACAGAGUGAAAAUUUACGGUCACACAUGACAGUCCAUACAGGAGAGAAAAGAUUCAGCUGCAGUGUUUGUAACAAAAGAUUUGCCCAGCAGUCUAAAAUCAAAAGACAUAAAUGUGUUGUUCCGAUGGAAACAGAAGCUGAUGGAGAGGACUGUGGAGGACCAGAACCAGCCAGGAACUCACAUCCACUUUUACAACCAGAGACUGGAGACUCUUCUGAACCUGCGACUGGUGACCUGGAAUAAUGUUUGUGCCUUUAAGUCCAAACAAAACUUAUCAAGUGUCAAACAAAAAUAUUCAUUUAUCAACAUCUAGAUAGAAGACAUUAUAUUGUGGGGUAGGAAAAGGUACACUCAUAAUAAAAUAAUAAAAACAUAUUUUAUUAGAUAUUGUUUUGUCUUGUAAUGUCUGCCAUAUCAUCAAUUAUAAUCAAGAAAUCAGACAAAUGCAACCACCCAAUAUUUUAUAGGGCCCACACAUAUAUUCACUUCUUUCUAAGUAACGUAUCUUUAGCAAGAUUCACUAUUAAUCAUAUUAAUAUGGGAUUUUAUUCAACACACAGUGGGUUCAUGUUUACGCCCAAUUUAGGCCCAGCAGUCUCGGAGAGGAGACUUUUCACUCUGUGUCAGGGAGACAGGAAGUGCAGGUUGAAAGCUAUCUUUAGUUUAAACAAGGGAGAUGUGAUGGAGGUAGCAUAGGGAAGUUAGCCUAGCAUGGUGUUUCCUGUCAGGGAGCGGGGGAGUUUUCUCUUUGAAGCAAAGCUGAGAUGGACAUAUUAUGGUCUGUAUAAAUCUAAAAAACUCACUUGUGCAUUGCUAUGUUCCAAGGUAAUAUGAUCAGUGAUACCAAAACGAUUAAGGUCUUUUGACAUGUAUAGUGUCUCCUCUGCCACUAAUUAGGCCAUGAUAAAGCUAAUAAAGUAAAUAAGUAUAAUCCUUUGAUGUGACCGGUGUGGUACACCAGGACAUGCUGAGUACCCUCCAGGAUGAAAUAAGGUGAAAUCAUUUGAAGUAAACCAUCUGUUGACUAGCAUGUACGUUAGUAGUUAUUGUCUGGGUCACAAUGACCUAGGUGUACUUAAAGGGAUACUUCACCAAUUAGAAAUCUUAAUCUUAAUGCUAAUCAUGAAGAUUUGUAUCAGUAGAAACCCGGUCGUAUUUUCGAGUGACCUCUGUCCUCACUUCCUCGUUCCCCAAGUCCACGGCCCUCAGUUUUCGCCCCCUUGACUAUCUGCCUCCUCUGGAUUUCCUUUGGUCUCAAGUUCUGGUUUGUUCGGCUCUUGUUUUUUGGAUUCCCUCUUCUUGUUUUCUACACUCUGGAUUAGUUUUUGCCUGCCCCCCUCAGGACUCCCUUUGUUUUUUGGACAAAUAAAUCUUCCUGCUCAGACUUCUCCUGCCUGCCUGCUUUCUGCAUUUGGGUCCUCUAAUUCCCUGAACUGUCACAGUUUUAUCUUUAAUUUUAAGUCUGAGUUGUUAACAUUGAAGGAAUUGUUUUCUCCCAACCCCAUGUUUCUGUGUGAGUGUGUUAAAUGACAUGAAAUGGUUGUUCUCAAAUAGGUGGUGAAGGUGUGUGAUUCCUUUGUGUGCCCAUAUGGAGAAGUAAAUAUCAAUAUACUCACAAACUUAAAUCAAAACAAUGAAAACCUGUGAGCAAUACGAUACUAGAGGGAGUUUGUUAAUUUGUGUUUAGUGCCCUGUAAUGCAGAGAAGGCUAUAAUUUUAACACAUUUAACUGGAAGUUGGCCAUUUUUAAUAGUAUGCUCUCAAGUUAUUGUUGUUUUGUAGUUGAACAUCAUAUUAUCUUCCUUUGUGGACUUUCAUUUAAUAAUCUUUCUCACAUUUUAUAUUCACUGUUUGUAUUUUCUGUGACUGAAUGUGGUUUUAAAUCUGUUGAGGUCUGUUCAGACUGAAAGUAAAGACACUAAUGAUGUAAUACAAAGUCAGACAAUCAAAAGCAAACAGCUGAUUAAUUUAUCUGACUUGUAGAAUAACGUCAAUGAUUCAAUUGUUUUAAAUGUUUUGGAAUAUGGAACAAUUAAAUGCAAAUAAAUGAAAUAAAACAAGGCCA